AAAACAAACCAACAUGUCUGCUCUCACAAAGUGGUUCACGUUGGCUGGCAGAAGAGUAUUCUCCACGUGUUCAAGGCAACGUUCAUCAGUGACAAGUACGUCGUUCAUGUCGUACAUUCAUGUCAAGUUGAGCUGAUGGAAAACAUGGAUAAGAAAUCAGCAUGGGAUCGCUUCUACUCUGAGACCAGCAGAAGGAGUCCCAACUUCAAAAACUUUGAGUGGUUCUUCGGUUUCGAUGCUGUGCAGGACCUCAUCACGCCCCUCCUGCAGACCGCGUCCCUUUCACGCCGUCCUGUCCAGGUCCUGGACCUGGGAUGCGGCACAUCUGCUCUCGGCCCCUCCAUCUACAGAGACUCUGCUUUGCCAGUGCGAGUAACCUGCGCCGACAUCUCCACCGUAGCCGUGCAGCUAAUGCGGGAGCACGUCCAGGCUAACCCCGUCCGGCCUCGCAACGCUUCCUCUCAAAUUGAGUUUUUAGAACUGGACUGCACCCGACUUGACGCCCACUACCGUCCCAGCAGUCUGGAUCUUAUUGUUGACAAGGGCACCACAGACGCCCUCUUGAGGUCCAAGGAGGGGGCGGAAAAGGCGGCUUCUCUGCUGAGGCAGUGUCUGAAGGCGUUGCGGCGCUCCGGGUCCCUGCUCCAGUUCUCGGACGAGGAUCCUGAUGCCAGGCUGGUGUGGUUGGAGACAGCCGCUCAGGGGCUGGCGGCGGCAGACGUCGGGCUGCAGGAGGUCGGGGUGCUGAGGGGUGUGUGCUACUACUGUUACCAUGUGACUGCUCAUGAUGUAAACAAAUAAAAUGUAAUUUAUUAAA